AUGUCGCUCGAGGACCUUGCCAGCCCUCUGAAAACUUUGCUGGGCUCUCCAUCGGACGCCAUGGUUUAUAUGGAUGAAUUGACGUCGUGUAGCUCUUCGUCGGCCGAUGAGGAUCACUUGAUGCUUAGCAAGUUUUCGAGAUCUACCACUUUCGAGAAGAGCCUCCGGCGGACCCGAAACACCAAUCUUCCCCUCGAUAUCGUAAAAGCCGAACGAGGAACAAUCUGCGGAGGCUGUGGACAGUUGAUUCUGGAGCGCGUGCAACUUCAAGUGGACAACUGCUCCUGGCACGUGGACUGUCUGCGAUGCUGCGUGUGCGAUUGUCUGUUGGAGAAGGAUUCAACGUGUUUCUUCCGGGAUAACAACGUAUACUGCAAGCAGGACUACGCGAGGCAAUUUGGAGUCCGCUGCUCGAAGUGUACACGAGGCAUCCAGUCGUCGGAUUGGGUAAGGAGAGCCCGGGAUCAAGUCUACCACCUUGCUUGCUUCGCUUGCGAAGAAUGCAAAAGACAACUCUCAACUGGAGAGGAAUUCGCUUUGCACGACGGUAGGGUUUUGUGCAAAAUCCAUUUCUGCGAACUCAUAGACCCCGGUAGUCAGUCAACAGACGAUAAUGCAGAUCAAGAUCACAAUCCUCGAGCGAAAACCAAACGAGUUCGAACAACGUUCACCGAAGAGCAGCUGCAAGUUCUGCAAGCGAACUUCAACCUUGACUCGAAUCCUGAUGGACAGGAUCUCGAACGGAUCGCGCAGAUAACCGGUCUAAGCAAGAGAGUCACUCAAGUAUGGUUCCAGAAUUCUCGCGCACGUCAGAAGAAGUAUUACAACAACCAGAACAAGAACAACAAUAAGCCGGUUGGAGACUUUCUUGCCCUUUCAGUAACGGCACGCGCAACGUCGACUACGCCUUGUGUUUCCUGUGGUCUCAUGUACUGCAUGUGCUCUCCGAACAGCUCAGUCAUCAGCCCGUCUGGCUCCAGUCAAGGAACUCCGAUCUCCGCCUAG